AUGAGGCUGUGCAGACAGGUACGGCUCCUGGUGCUGGUUAUAACUUUUGUUUUCUGUGUAAAAGCAGAGCAGCACCGAUCCAAGGAGAGACACUACUACAUCGCUGCCGUGGAAAUAGAUUGGAAUUAUUCAGGCACAAAAGGGUUAGGUCUGACAUAUAAAAAAGUGGUGUUUCGAGAGUAUGACGAAGGUUUCCGUCGGGCAAAGGAUCAUCCCUCGUGGCUCGGUCUAUUGGGGCCGACUUUGCGGGCUCAAGAAGGUGAGACUCUUGUCGUCACUUUCAAGAACAUGGCGAGCGGAGAAUAUAGCAUCCACCCACAUGGGAUCGCUUACGGGAAGCAGUCAGAAGGAGCUUACUACUUCGACAACACUUCCCCAAAAGAGAAAGUGGACGACAAGAUCAAGGCUGAAGGGCAGCAUGUGUACCAGUGGGAGGUGACCCCAGAGGUGUCCCCUCAGAGCAGUGACCCGUCUUGCCUCACCUACUCCUACAUCUCCCACAGGCACGUUGUGGAGGACUACAACUCUGGCCUCAUCGGAGCACUGCUCAUCUGCAAACCUGGCACCUUGGAUGCAUCAGGGCAGCAGAUCGGCGUCCAUCAUGAGUUGAUAUUCCUGUUUGGGGUCUUUAAUGAAAAAGAAAGCAAAUACAUGCCCAGAAGAAAUUAUGAAUCAGACGACCAUAUUAAGUACACCAUAAAUGGAUACACACAUGGGACACUGCCUGACGUGAGCAUGUGUGCUCAUACCGCGGUCAGUCUGCAUUUGCUGGGUAUGAGUUCAGAUCCGGAGGUGUUCUCGGUGCACAUGAAUGGACAGGUGCUGCAGCAGGACGGGCACAAAGUCUCGUCCGUGGGCCUCAUCAGCGGCUCCUCGGCCACAGCCCACCUGGUCACAGUGCACCCGGGUCGCUGGCUUCUGUCCUCACACACCGCCAAGCACAUGGAAGCUGGCAUGCAUGGUUUUAUUCAUGUGAAGGAAUGUAAAGAUUUUGCGGCGCCUCAAAGAACAAUGACUAUUGCUCAAAGGCGACAGAGUAAAGAGUGGACUUAUUACAUCGCUGCUGAAGAAGUCCUGUGGGACUAUGCUCUCAACAUGCCAGACUACACGGAUGAGAGUUUCAAGUUGCAGUAUCUGACCAAUUCUGCCGUACGGAUUGGUCAAAAGUACAAGAAGGCAGUGUACACACUCUAUAAAAAUGCGUCAUUCACUGAGAAACUGGAAACUAAACAACGGAGAAAUGAACUUGGGAUCUUGGGGCCCGUCAUAAGAGCACAAAUCAGAGAUGUCAUUAAAAUUGUCUUCAAGAAUAUGGCAUCAAGGCCUUACAGUAUAUAUCCACAUGGACUAACAAUAGAGAAGUCACAAGAAGGAGUCAACUACCCAGCCGGAGGUAACCAGUCUCACGGAGUGGCGCCGGGGCACACACAUACAUACUCGUGGCGUGUGGUGGAGCAGGACGAGCCGCUGGACGCAGACGCUCGGUGUCUGACACGGAUGUACCACAGCGCUGUGGACGCUCCCAGAGACAUCGCCUCAGGACUCAUCGGACCAAUGCUCAUCUGCAAAAGUCAGUCGCUCAACGUCAGGAAUGUGCAGCUCAAAGCAGACAAGGAGCAGCAUGCAGUGUUUGCUGUGUUUGAUGAGAAUAAAAGCUGGUACCUGGACGAUAACAUCAAUAAUAAUUGUGACAAGUCCAGGGUCAACAAAGUGGAUCCUGACUUUUAUAAGUCGAAUGUCAUGCACACAAUCAACGGAUACAUGUUUGAGAGUGGACCGGUCUUAGGCUUCUGUAACGGAGAAGUGGCUACUUGGCAUGUGUCGAGUGUUGGAGCUCAAGAUUUCAUUCAGACUGCAACAUUUUAUGGACAUCCAUUUGAACUGAACGAGCGCACGGAAGACCUGCUGAGUCUGUACCCCAUGACUGGAGAAUCCAUCACUAUGAACAUGGACAACAAAGGUGUAUGGCUCCUCGCAUCCCUCAACACUCACGAAAGCACAAAGGGAGUGCGUGUCAAGUUCCAAGACGUGGAAUGCUUUCGCGAUUACCAAUACGAGUACGAAGACGGGGAGGAAAAAACAGAGUUCAAUGUGUGGACCCCUGUCACUAUAGAGGAGAUUCAGAAAGAAGAGGAGAAGGAGAAAGAGAAAGAGAAAGAAAAGGAACAGAAAAAACCAGUAGUUGUGGAUUACGAUACAGAUAAAUUUGCUGCAGAGUGGGGAUUGAGGCCCCUCCCAGCUAAAGCAAUGUCUGUUGAGGAAGAUCUCAUCAAUAACGCCAUAGUGAUCGGGGUCCCGCGCCCAGACUUCAGUGAUUAUGAACUGUAUGUACCUGGGAAUGAGCCCGACCACCUGGACUUCAACGAGCUUCAGCGCGUGAGAGAGGAGGAGUAUGAGUAUGUGUCCUACAAAGACCCCUACAGCAGCGAUGAGAAAAUGGAGGACUUCAAUCUGGACAGUACCCGAAAUUAUAACCUUAAAAAUGUGGGAGAGAAUACAAAGAUUUAUUUCAUCGCAGCUGAAGAGGUUGAAUGGGACUAUGCUGGCUACGGGCACAGGAGACAAGAGAGGUCCCAAUUAAAUAACCGUGAAACAAAGUUUAAAAAAGUGAUUUUCCGAGAAUACAUGGACAGCACUUUUAAGACCCCUGACAUCCGAGGAGAGCUGGACGAGCAUUUGGGAAUUCUUGGACCUCUUAUCAAAGUCGAGGUCGGACAGGAUAUUAUGGUUGUAUUUAAGAACAAUGCGAGCCGCCCAUACUCUUUACAUCCUAACGGAGUGGCCUACACUAAAAAGACCGAGGGUUUGAACUAUGAAGAUGGUUCUAAUUACUGGCACAAAUAUGACAAUGAGGUCCAUCCUGGAAAGACGUUCACAUAUUUAUGGACAGUCACCUCCUCGGUGGGACCAGCAGAGGGCGAGUCUGACUGCAGGACUUGGGCUUACUACUCUGGUGUUAAUCCAGAGAGGGACAUCCAUUCUGGUCUGAUUGGACCUCUGCUGGUGUGUCGUGUUGGGACCCUUAAUAAAACAAUUACAAACACUCGGGAGUUUGCUCUGCUUUUCAUGACUUUUGAUGAGUCUCAGAGCUGGUUCGUGGAGGAAAACCUUGAGAACAUUCAGAAGAAAACCAGAAGGAGGAGUUUGAUCCCAGCUAUGAAGGAAACCCUUCUGUUCCACACAAUCAAUGGCAUUAUUCAUAGCCUUAAAGGCCUCAGAAUGUACACCAAUCAGUUGGUCCGCUGGCAUCUUAUCAACAUGGGUUCGCCAAAAGAUUUUCAGAGUGUUCAUUUCCAUGGUCAAACCUUUUUUCACAAGAAAAUCAAAAGUUUUAAGCAGGCCAUAUACCCACUGCUGCCAGGGAGCUUUGCGACUCUGGAGAUGAUUCCCUCUAAACCAGGACUUUGGCAACUGGAGACUGAAGUUGGGAACAUCCAACAAAAGGGGAUGCAGACUUUGUUCCUGGUUGUGGAUGAUGAUUGCUACCAUGCAUUUGGCCUGGAGUCUGGCAGUGUUACAGAUAUGCAGUUGACAGCUAAGAGUUCUAGAGGAUACUGGGAACCACAUCUUGCUAGAUUAAAGAAUGCAGGAAAAUACAACGCCUGGAGCACUGACGAAGACAAUAGUUGGCUGCAGGUUGACUUACAGCGCCCUGUGGUGAUCAGUCAGAUAGUCACCCAGGGGGCUAAGCAGAUGUUUUAUUCACAGUAUGUACGCAAGUUUGCCAUUUCAUACAGUAACGACAGGCGCAAGUGGACUUUCUACAAGGGCGACAGCAAAAGUUUCAGAAAGAUUUUUCCAGGGAACCAGGAAGCCUAUGAGACUAAGACCAACACCUUCUUUCCACCUAUAAUCGGCCGAUUCAUUCGCCUCCACCCAGUGGACUGGUACGGCAAAGCCACACUGCGUUUGGAGUAUUACGGAUGUGCGCUUGAUGGUUGCUCAGUGCCAUUGGGGAUGGAGAGCAGACUGAUCCAUGACCAUCAGAUAUCAGCGAGCUCCACUGCCAGCAGCUGGUUUGGCGGCCCAUGGAAACCUGCUUUUGCUCGCCUCAACAAACAAGGAACUAUCAAUGCGUGGCAGGCUAGGUCCAAUGACCUGCAACAGUGGCUUCAGGUGGAGCUGCCUCAGAUGAAGAAGAUCACAGGCAUUAUAACACAGGGAGCCAAGUCUCUGGGAAAAGAACUGUACGUGAUCUCCUUUUCUCUGCAGUACAGCAACGACGGACUUCACUGGACUGACUACACAGACGACGAGACCAUCACAUCCAAGACAUAUAUAGCCAACACAAACAACUGUGACCAUGUGAGGAACUACAUCCACCCUCCCAUUUUCUCCCGCUUUAUCCGAGUCAUCCCCAGAAGUUGGAAGAAUGCCAUCACAAUGAGGAUGGAGCUGCUGGGCUGUGACAUUGAGUAG